AUGGUAGCACGCGACACCUACCGCUGGGCCCUGAUCAAGCACGCCACCACCAACCCCGCCUUCGUCGCCGUCGCCUUCCCAAUGCCCUACAGCAAGUACGUCCUCCGCAACGACAAAGGCCCCGAACGCAACCUCAAGUCCUACCGGUCCAAGUCGCCGCUCUCCACCACCAAGCAGAAGCCCUCGCCGCUCAAGAAGGAGGUCAUCUACACCGCCGCCGAGCUCGAGCCCCCCGCCCCCAUCGUCGUGAAGCCGACGAAAACGGCACGCACGGUGCGCUGGGUGGUGGACGACGAGCCGUAUGAGGCUCCCUCCCCACCACCGCCGCCCCAGCAGCAGCAGAGGAGGAAGGGGGGCAGGAGGGAGCACCAGACGCAGACGCCGUGUAGGAGUCAGUAUACGCCCGUGAGGGGCGUGAGUAUGUGGUUCACUGCUGUCUAA